AUGACUGCUGCCGCUGCUUCAUCAUCAUCAUCCUCAGCCGAUCCAGCCGACACCAUGCUCUCUCACCCGGACAUCGAGGCAGACUACCUACCAUUCGACGCAGCUGCAUCAUGUUGGGCAGAUGUAGCACCAGUCUUUCAGGACGAUGGACCAGCAGACGUACUCUGUGGGAUCAUGUACGACACCGCCUACUCGUCCGCAAUGGACCUCUUUCGCGCCCUCUACCCCCAACGCGAGAUAUCCCCCCGAGCACUGGCCCUCACAACGCAUCUGGUGUCUCUGAACCCCUCGAUGUACUCCAUAUGGGCAUAUAGGGCAGACAUACUCAUCUCUUCUUCCACCCUCUCUUCGUCCUCCUCCUCUUCUUUACUACCAAGCCUCGGAGAUCGAGCGACACGCCUGCGCAGAGAGCUGCAAUGGAUGGAGGACCUAGCGAGGGGAAACAUGAAGUCCUACCAAGUCUGGCAACACAGACGUCUGAUCCUCUGCGCCAUUGAGUCUCCCAGUAGAGAAGUGCUAGAGGCGGAGUUGGAUUUUAUCGGUAGUGUGUUGAGCAGGGACUCGAAAAAUUACCAUACCUGGGCGUAUAGACAGUGGGUCCUUGCUCACUUUGCUGGCAUGCCUCAAGAAGAAGAGGAGACUUCUGCAUCUGCUGGUAGCGCUGGAAAACUGCCAGAGCUGUGGCAGGCGGAGCUACCUUAUACGGACAAGCUUCUCGCUCAGGACGCCAGAAACAAUUCGGCGUGGAACCACCGCUUCUUUAUCAUCUUUGGCUCGCGCAGAGGAGCCGUGUUCGGCCCUGAAGCCAUCGGUCUACAGUUGGCGAUGGAAAGUCGUACGAAUGGUUGGACCAGUGGCGAUACCGCUUCUGCGGGGAAGGAAGAGGAGAAUCUGCGGCAGUGCAUCGAGUCCGAAGUGAACUACAUCAAGCGCUCCCUCUCCCUCAUCCCAAACAAUGCCUCUUCCUGGACCUACCUCCGAGGGAUCCUCAGCCUCUCCUCGCGACCGCUACCCCUCUCCUCGUACUCCCUCCCCAAAUGGAUCAAGACCAACCUCCUCUCCCCCUUUCUUCUAGACGCAGCCACACCGCUACCAGCAGCAGGAGAGAGUGGGAGCAGCUCGACUGUGUGCGUCUUUGCGCUCGAGUAUUUGCUGGAUGUACUGCAGGAGGAAAGCGAGGGAGGAGCACGAGGGCAGACGAGUGGGACUGGGUCUCGGCCGGAGUGUGCGGGGGCACAGGAAGAGCAAGUAGAACGGUUGAUAUUCCUGUUGAAGAGGGAGGAUCCGGUGCGUGCGCAGUGGUGGGAGGUGAGGAGGAGGGAGGUGCUGAGUGUUCUCAAGCUAGGUUGGUCGUGA